AUGCCUUCAGAAGAAUGCCGCAUUUGUUUGCGGCAUGAAGAAAAUUGUGUGUCGUUAUUUAAGCAACGGCGCGGUACCAAGCUUUGUGAUAUUUUAAAAUUCUGUGCCAGGAUCGAGAUUUCCGAAGGCGACGGUCUACCCGGAGAUGCAUGUCCGCGGUGCGUAGAUGAAGCACUCAAUGCAUACCUGUUCAUCAACAAAUGCCGUAGAUCGGAUGCAGAACUACGAACGGCACAGGCCUGUUACGGCGAUGAUGAUGAAGAACCAGGUCCAGGUCGGAUUUGCCCUGAAGAAGAGAAUACGAUACAGAUAUGCAAAACUAAUGAGGACACGGAAUCGUACCACAAUGCCAUAAGCGACAAUGCAACAUUAGAUUUCAAUUCGGCUGUACCAAAUUGUUUGGACGAAUCAAACGACUCCAAAACCGAUGAAACAGAACGCGCAGAUGUAAAUCUUACAAAAGCAAUUGAAGGGCAUCAUUCAUCGACGGACGAAUUAGCCUACGAGUUAAAAACCAAUGUAAAAUCUGAAUUAAUUCAACAGUCUGACGAGGAAGCGGAUAGGUUUCUCGUUGAAUAUUUAGACGAUGACUUCGGAACAGAAUUGCUGGUAGAUGAAAGCAUGAAUGAAAUACACUUAGAAUCUGAUCAAUAUAAGGCGCCAACAGAACUAAAAGACAAACUGCGAAUUUCAGGUAACAUUACAGAGGCAAAUAAAUACAUUUGCUGUGGUACUCGCUGUAGAGCUGUCAUGAACACCGAGCAGCAACUCGCGGAACACACUGUUCAAGUACAUCUGCCUGAUCGAGAGACAGACUCUAGUAUGACGAAAGCUUUCGAAUGUAGCACAUGUUAUGCACGAUUUAAGUCAGAAAAAAGUUUAUCUUUACACACUCGAAGAUCUUCCCAUUGUCAACUUUGUUCAAAACUAUGUUUCUCUCAAAGCGAGAAACGACUGCAUAUGCGCCAAGUCCACGGUCAGUUAAGCUCACCUUUAAUGACAAAAACGUCGAAAAAAAUUUGCUGCGGGUGCUAUAAAUCAUUUGACAACGAGGAAGAUCUGCGUAAACAUAGUCUAGAAGAACAUGAAAUUCGCAAAAGUGCUGUUGAUGAAUCCCGUCCAUUCCAGUGUGACAUUUGUUAUAAACUGUUCAGAACGUUAGAGAGUUUACGCAUUCAUCAGCGAUUCGUAUACCGUCCGAAGAAUUUCACCUGUUCGACUUGUAACCGAGCUUUCGAUACUCGUUCCAAAUUGACAAAUCACUCACUAGUACACACGGAACAACGUAACUACAAGUGUGAUAAAUGUGACAAAGCGUUCAAAAAAUCACUCGAUCUUAAGAGUCAUCAAUUAUUACAUAACGAUAAACAAGAAGAAUGUUCAAUAUGUGGACUUCGCUUUCAUCGUAAAUCUAACUUGAAGAUGCACAUGCGGAAACAUCAAAGUACUUUUUUCUACGCUUGUCCAGAUUGUCCAAAACAAUUCAAGAACAAUUCACACCUCAAGGAACACUAUAAGGUGCACACUAAACAGAAACCAUAUAACUGUCGUUUUUGCGAACGGAGAUUUGGCUACUGCAGCGAUCGCAAGCGGCACGAAAUGACCCACACUGGGGACUAUCCGUUCGAGUGCCUAUGUUUGAAAAAGUUUGCCAGAAAAACUACGUUUGAUAAGCAUAUAUCAAUUUGUCCCGAACGGGUAGAAAUCAAUGCAUAGCGUCUCUGUGUACGUUAGUACUGCCAAACAAUAGGUUAUUUUGUAUAGAAUGUUACUUAAGUAAUACACAAUAACGAAAAAUACCUAAUUCAAAUACAAU